AUGGCCUCCAGCAACGUUCAGCGCACGAGGAUGGGCCUCACCAUCCCGCGGCUGUACCGCGUCUUCUUUCUCGGCAUCGAGCCCAUCUCUGCUCUCGUAGGAGCCUACUUUGCCCACGUUCGCCCAGACGACUACCUGCAGCUUACCCACGCCGCUUCGAAGCCAGAGGUCAUUCCUCAGGGAACCUCCAUCGUCCUCUCCCAGCUCGCGAACCUCUACCUCCUCUUCGCUCUCAACGAAGCCCUCGUCCUACGCUCGACAUCGGACCUGCGCGUGUGGAAGACGGUCCUCUUCGUGCUCCUGGUCGCCGACAUUGGCCACCUGUACACCGUCCGAAGCCUCGGCCCCGAAGUCUACUACAACUUUGCCAAGUGGAAUGCCAUCGACUGGGGAAACGUCCCGUUCGUCUACCUCGGUGCGUCCAUGCGCAUCGCGUUCCUCGCCGGUGUUGGGUUGACCCGCCGCCGAACGCUGGUGCAGAAGCAGCAGUAG